AUGGAUGAACUUGACAGUAAUCCUAAUAAGUGCUUUGAGAUGUUUCGCACGACACACCCAUAUCUGUUACAUUUAGUGGAUGAGUUGGUCAGUCAUGGAUACUUAGAGGAAGGGCAGGGUGAUGUGGAUGCCACGCAGGUGGCCGCCAUGUUGUUAUACAUACUCGGCCACAAUACUCGAAUGAGGUGUGUUGCAGACAGAUUCCAGCACUCAAUUAAGACAGUGUCCCGCCACUUCCGCAGGGUGUUACGGGCUCUUCAUUCAUAUGCGAGACAUCUCAUUAAGCCAGAUCCAGAUGUAAUUUGCCUCCCCAAACAUCUUCGAGUGAACAAGUACUACCCAUGGUUCAAGUUUGUUUAUGUUCAUGCAGGGUGGGAAGGUAGUGUUAAUGACUCACAGGUGUUGGAGGAAGCGAUUGGUGACCCGAAGCAUGGAUUCCCAUGGCCACCUACUGGAACAUACUACUUGGUGGACUCAGGCCUGCCUAUUGGCACAAGUUUCCUUCCACCUCACAAAUCAACUAGUUUUCUACGCAUUAAUAACCGUUGUGAUGAAUUGUUUAACACAUGGGACAAUGUUGAAUAUGAAGGAAAUCCUAUUGUUCUGCCCGAUAGUGGCAACAAUGGAGCUUCCACCAGCACCGCAAACUAG